AUGGCAGGUGAAAUCAUCCAUCUGAAUGUUGGAGGAACAAGGUUCUCUACCUCCAGACAGACUCUAACAUGGAUACCAGAUUCAUUCUUUACCAGCAUGUUAAGUGGAAGAAUAUCAUCACUGCAAGAUGAAACUGGGGCUAUAUUUAUUGAUCGGGAUCCUAAAAUUUUUGCUGUAGUUUUGAAUUUUCUGAGAACCAAAGAAAUUGAUUUAAAAAAUGUUGAAGUUUCAUCUUUAAGGCAUGAAGCUGAGUUCUAUGGUAUAAGCCCACUGGUACGGAGACUUGUGUUAUGUGAGGAUUUAGAUGAUGCUUCGUGUGGUGAUGUUUUAUUCCAUGGUUACCUGCAACCACCAAGGGCAGUGGGUGGAAAUAUCAGAGCUAAUGAUACAUCAUCAAAUAGACCAUCUCACUCUAGAAAUAGUUCAGUGGAUACCAGAGCUAGUCAUUCUCAUCAGGGUUCUGUUGAUCUUCGUUCUAGAGGGAGCCACUCUGAUUUCAGUCGUGUUAAAGGUUUAGAUUGCCCUUCUACUUCCCCAGGGGGAUUUGUUGAACCGUUAAGAGUCACUAUGGUUAGGGGACACCAUAACUGGAUCUGUAUGGCUUAUCCUCAUUUUGUUUGUUGUUAUAGAAUGAAAGACUCAACAGGAUGGCAUCUAAUUUGGUUAUCACCAUAUAUGGAAACACAAAUUGAACGUAUUGCUAUUAAUGCUAAGGUUUUGAAUCCUAAUCAAGAUCAUUCUAAUAAAAUGGUUGCUGCAUCAUUUAGCAAUAUGAUCAGACUCUGGAAUAUUACUGAUGAUGGUGAAUACAGAGAAAUAGGAAUAUUUAAUCUAAAUGUGUCAGUAGAUUCGUUAUUUUUUAUUGGAAGUCAACUAGUUGCUUUAAGUCAAACAGGAAAAGUUGGUGUAUGGCAUUCUAUGACUCAACAUUGGCAGAUACAAGAUGUUGUACCCAUUACCAGUUAUGAUACAGCUGGUUCAUUUUUACUUCUUGGUUGUAAUAAUGGUUCCAUAUAUUAUAUAGAUAUGCAGAAAUUUCCAUUACGAAUGAAAGAUAAUGAUUUAUUAGUGACAGAACUUUAUAAAGAUCCUUCUAAUGAUAUGGUAACAGCUCUGAGUGUGUAUUUAACACCUAAAACAAGUUUAAGUGGUAACUGGAUAGAAAUAGCUUAUGGUACAAGUUCUGGUACAGUAAGAGUAAUUGUACAACAUCCUGAAACUGUGGGACAUGGACCACAACUAUUUCAGACUUUCACUGUACAUCGUAGUCCUGUUACCAAAGUGAUGUUAUCAGAGAAGCAUCUUGUAUCAGUAUGUUCUGAAUAUAAUCAUGUACGUACUUGGAGUGUGACAAGAUUCCGAGGAAUGAUAUCAACACAACCUGGAUCUACUCCUCUAGCAUCAUUUAAAGUUAUCUCCCUGGAAGAUCAAGAUCCACAAGCUAGUUAUUCUGCUGGCAAUGACUUUGGUCCAUUUGGAGAACAAGAUGAUCAACAAGUCUUUGUGCAGAAAGUUGUUCCAGAAACUGAUCAGCUAUUUAUUAGAUUCUCAUCUUCAGGACAAAGAGUAUGUGUGAUCAAGUCUGUAGAUUCCAGUACUAUCAGUGCAUUCUGUGUACACGAGUGUGAAGGGUCAAAUAGAAUGGGGUCACGACCUCGUCGAUAUUUAUUUACUGGUCAUGCCAAUGGCAGUAUACAGAUGUGGGAUUUAACUACCGCCAUGGAUCAACUGAAUAAAGAACAAAAAUUAACAAAAGGAGGACCAUCUCCUGAAGAAUUAGUGCAUUUACUUGAUCAAUGUGAUUUGAGCUCAUCUCGGUCCUCAACACCUUGUAUCAGCCCAGCACCUUCUCUUAUUGGAGCGCCUUCACUAUCCGUUCGACCAAUCAUACCUUAG